CAUCUUUCUGUGAAAACAACAACAGAUGGAGGAAGGCCCGAGUCCUCGGCCCGCCAUCUUCUCCCUGUGCAACAUGCAUGUUAAGGCACGCUAAAUUAAUCCCUGAUAACAAAGCUACAAGGAUGGAGGCAUUGAAAUCGAUGUAUUGCACUGUCAAACCAAGCUGUCAAAAGUUUUAGAGAAAAAAAGUUACAGCUCUAUGAAACAUCUUGUCUGCUGUUUAAAAAUUCAGUAUUUUGUUUUUGUAGUGGUGUGGCCAUCAGGACGUUAGCUUGAGCUUUAUUUCAUUUUGUCACUGACGUAGUUUUAGUUUCAUUAUUAUUACGUAACGUUACUGUUGCUACAUUGUGAUUUUUUUUGUUUUGCCGUCGUUAAACACCGUUUUAUGUUGACAUUUCGGGUGUUUUCUGAUGGUGACAUGUAGGAAUAAAAGCCUUACAGCAUCCACCCAUCACCACUGUAACCAGUCACACAGCACAAAGCCAUCUUCUUAAGAUAAAUCAUGUAAUUGGGAGUUUCAAACUGCCACAAAGCAAGACAAAUAUCAGUUUACGUUUAAAGAUGAUUUAAAUUAUGGAAUGUAUUCAUAUAACUCAUGGACAUAACCCAUAACAGGAUCAGACUUAGUGCUGUCAUUUAAAUGCAGUGGUGCUCAGAGCCAGCGCCAGCCCGCCGGCCUCCAUAACCGUCAGAAACCCUUCAGCACGAUGGAGUUCCCGUGGCACAGCGGGAAGGUUCUGGAGCAGCUUAACCGCCAGCGCAAGCAGGGCCUGCUGUGUGACUGCACAUUCGUUGUAGACGGGGUUGACUUCAAGGCCCACAAAGCUGUGCUGGCGGCCUGCAGUGUCUACUUCCGCACCCUCUUCCUGGACCAGAAAGAUGUGGUGCAUCUGGACAUCAGCAAUGCAGCAGGUUUGGGUCAGGUCCUGGAGUUUAUGUACACAGCCAAGCUGAGUUUAAGUCCUCAGAACGUAGAAGACGUGCUGACUGUUGCUAACUUUCUGCAAAUGCAAGAGAUUGUAAAUGCUUGCUCUGCGUACCAGUCGAUGGCAAAUCCAGCUCCGUCCCUCAUAACACUGGAUUUCGCUGUUGAAGAAAAAACAGGUGAAGGAGAGCAGAGGGAGGAACUGGAGAGUGACCUGGCAGAGGUGGCGUUACAAGCGGAGGAGAGUCCUACUAGCAUCCCCGCAGAGGAUAACGAGCCCACAGAAAAUAAGAACAAUUUGAAGGAAGACAGGGAAGACGUGUCUACUGAAACACAACAGACGGCUUCUCAGCCUAACCCCUCCAGAAACUACUCAGGCCGAGGACGACCCCCCAAAACCACACCCGUCUCUGCUCAAAAGAAGAUAUCUGUAAAGAAGGAGGAGGGAAGCGCAACACAAGAUGCACCUGAAUAUCAGGACGACCCCUCUGACGCUGACUACAUGCCCAAAUCGCCUCUCAAAUCUGCUGGCAGCUCAUCCUACAUGAGCUCUCGGGGGAGAAGAAUCAGAAAACCUCCUCGACGAAACUUCCCACCUGACAAUGACUCUGAAGACGAGGGCACAUCGAAGAUAAAAUCUAAGAAGAAGGCAGCGGAGGCGGCAGAGGUGGCCAGAGGAGAAGAGGACGACCCCGGGGAGCUCGGCGACGGGGAGGCUGAUGAUGAAGAGGCGGCUGCGGAAGAAGACGGCGAGGGCAGCCAGCAGGGGGAAAGUGUCGAUUCCAGCAGUGAGAGAGACGGGAGACAAACUCAGUCGGCUUGUAUGAGCAGCCGAUCCGAGUCGAAGCCUUACAGCUCUGUGACACACAAAUGUGAGGACUGCGGGAAGAAAUUCACCCACACUGGUAAUUUCAAGAGACACAUGCGUAUUCACACAGGAGAGAAGCCGUUCACAUGUCGGGACUGCAACAAGGCUUUUUCUGACCCCGCAGCCUGUAAAGCCCACGAGAAAACACACAGCCCCCUGAAGCCGUACUGCUGCUCUACCUGUGGGAAGAGCUAUCGCCAGAUCAGCCUGCUCAACCUGCACCGCAAGCGCCACACAGGCGAAGCACGGUACAGCUGUGAGGUGUGCGGCAAGCUCUUCACCACAUCUGGCAACCUGAAACGGCACCAGCUGGUGCAUAGCGGCGAGAAGCCGUACCACUGCGACUACUGUGAGAAGGCCUUCUCUGACCCCACUGCCAAAAUGCGACAUUUAGAGACACACGACACGGAGAAGGGCAACAAGUGUCCACACUGCGACAAACGCUUCAACCAGAUAGGAAAUCUGAAGGCUCACUUAAAAAUCCACAUCACAGACGGGCCUCUCAAGUGCAGGGAAUGUGGCAAACAGUUUACCACUUCAGGAAAUCUGAAGAGACACCUGCGGGUUCACAGUGGGGAGAAACCGUACAUCUGCGUGCACUGUCAGAGAGCUUUCAGUGACCCUGGAGCUCUGCAACGGCAUGAACGCAUCCACACAGGAGAAAAGCCUUGUGUCUGUCUAACCUGUGGCAAGGCCUUCACCCAGGCCAGCUCCCUCAUCGCUCACGUCCGCCAGCAUACCGGAGAGAAACCCUAUGUGUGUGAUCGCUGCGGUAAAAGGUUUGUGCAGUCCAGUCAGCUGGCUAAUCACAUUCGACAUCACGACAACGUCCGCCCACACAAGUGUCAGAUGUGCAACAAGGCAUUUGUCAAUGUGGGAGAUCUGUCAAAGCACAUCAUCAUUCACACAGGGGAGAAACCUUUCCUGUGUGAUAAAUGUGGCCGAGGGUUCAACCGGGUGGACAAUCUGCGCUCCCACGUCAAGACCGUCCACCACGGCAAGGCCGGCAUGAAGCGGCUGGUGGUAGCCGGAGGCAGCGCAGACGAGGGGGCUGAUGGGUGUGCCGGGGCAUCCACCUCUGACAGCGAGAUCAACAUAGUUACCGUCACCACAGAGGACAUCGUCACCCUGGCAACAGAGGCCCUGGCAGCCAGUGCUGUAGCUCAGCUGACAGUAGUGCCAGUGGCUGCUUCAGUGUCUGCAGACGAGACUGAGGCUUUGAAAGCUGAAAUCACCAAGGCAGUAGAGAAAGUGCAGGAAGCAGACCCCAACACCCAGAUCCUCUACGCUUGUGAUUCAUGUGGCGAUAAAUUCUUGGACGCCAGUUCCCUAGCUCAGCAUGUACGCAUCCACACAGCUCAGGCGUUGGUCAUGUUUCAGGCAGAUUCAGACUUCUAUCAGUACACCACAGCUACUACUGCCGAGGGGGAUACUGCCACAACGUGGCAACCCACAGCUGAACAAGUCAUCCAGGAAGGGGAGCUCAUUUUCCGUACCCAGGAUGGAGAGGGAGAAGCAGAAGGAGGGAUGAUGGGGGAGACACAAGAACAAGGGGAAGGGGAAGGAGGAGGGGUGAUUCAUGAGAAGGAGAGAGUGGAUGGAGAUGUGGAAAGCAACAGUGAGCUCCAGACAGAGGAAAAAGAUGAAGCUGCAGCAGAGGUAGAGGAAGAAAAAGAAGAGGAGAUGGAGUGUGAGAGUCAGGCGUAGUGGGGCACACUUUUGAAGGGCAAAUGAAAUAUUGUUUGUAAUAGAAAUCUAAUUUAAACAGGAGGAGGAAGUGCAAGAAAUAAACUGAGGUAAUGAGCCUCAGCAUCCCAUGAUGUUAAAAAUAAAUCUUUCUGGAUUCAUAACAUGCAGCACUUUUUAAACAAUGUUAUCUUAAUCUUAGGAUUUCUGGUCAUUAAUAACGUUUUUCACAGUCCUAAUCCAGCAAACAAAGUGAGAUCCAGUGAUUUAUAUUGUUGCAAAUCCUUUCAGAGAUGGUUAUACUACUUUGCAUAGUUUCUUUAUUUUUAGACUGAAAUGCAGGACUGUGCAUUGUCCUUUGUAUAAAACAUGUAGAUCCCAAUUCUGUCUCACCUAAAAUAACUUAAAGACUUGUCUGUUAUUUUUCCAUUUCACUCUGAUAAGAUGUAUACAUUUUCCUUGAACAGUCCAAAUAUUUUACUGUGCUUAGUUGAAGUAUUUUCAUGGAAAGCACAUACAGAGAUUAUUUACAUGAACAUGUAUAUGGGUACUAAAGAUUUAAGAGUGGGGGUAGAUUAUCACCUCCUCAUUUUUCCAGAUGUGGGAUGUCAUGUGUUCUUGCUCUGGCAAAUAUUGUAAAUGCUGUGUAUGUAUAUUUGUAUAUUUGUUAUGUAUCCUCUAAAAAAAAGUCUUAACACCUCUGUUAAAAGCUAAAAGUAAAUAUAGAUGGUGAUGACAAACUGGUUAACAAUUCUAAGUUUCACAUUGAUACCAUGACAGCUUUUAUUCUUGUAUUGCAGUGAACUUGUCACCUCGGAAAUUAUGAUGCAAUGUGAUGACAGUUCCAUGUCACCAAUAUUUUAUGUCAUUGUUUUGUCUCCUUAAAUUAACACCUGCAAGAUGCUUAGAUAUGCUUAGAUAUCACUAACAUUGCUCGGACCUGCUGGCAGCCAUCAUCAGAUCAAUAAAGAAUCAUCACACAGUCUGA